AUGAUCAUACGCGAGUACAACUCAAGUACCAUAUCGCUGGUGAAGAAUUUCGAUGACAGCCAACUGGUGAUGGCAGUGCGCAUUUUGUUGGCCUCUGGGGCACUUCAAUAUGUAGCCCAGACCCUUAUGUCUGCCUAUGUUAUGCAAAUAAAUUUUCGCAUAUCUUGGGACGUCGGCCUAGCAGAUAUCCGCAGCCGUGGCCUUGAUGGCGGUCGAAACGCCAAAUCGAGGGUAGGUUAA